GCAGGGGGCGGGGUCUUUCCAUACGAUGCAGGAAGUAAUAUGGUAUUACAGUUAAUAUGAACACUACAAGCUUUGUUUUCACAAUGUCUAAAUAUGACGAAAAUAUAUGAGAUAAAAACAUCAACGCAUCUUUGAAAGCGUAAAGGAGUGCGGUGAAAUCAGGCAGGAGCCAUCAUGUCUGAGCACAGUGACUUCAGUCUACCGUCUGAGGAGAGGGUCCGCGCUCUCACCAAGCUGGGCAGCUCUGUGGACGUCAGCGAGGACGUGCCUCCCCGCCGGUACUUCCGCUCCGGGAUGGAAAUCAUCCGAAUGGCCAAUAUCUAUGCAGAGGAGGGGAAUGUCGAGCAUGCAUUCAUUCUUUACAAUAAGUACAUCACGUUGUUUAUUGAAAAACUUCCUAAACAUCGUGAAUACAAAACAGCCAACAUUCCUGAGAAGAAAGAAACAAUGAGGAAAUUAAAGGAAGUUGCUUUUCCGAAAGCUGAGGAACUGAAAAAGCUGCUUCUCAAGCAGUACGACAAAGAAAAUGCUGAAUAUCUCGUCCAAAAGCAAGUGGAGGAUGAGGCCCAGGCUCGAGAAGUGGCCAAGCAGCGGGAGCAGGACGCCGAGAAGCAGAGACUGGCCGAGCAGCAGCAGCGUCAGCGCGAGCAGCAGCAGCGUCAGCGCGAGCACGAGCAGUUCAGUGCCUUUGAGGAGAGGAUCCGCAGGCAGGAGCUGGAGAAGGAGCGCCAGCGCGUCGUGCAGGAGUUUGGCAUCCCGGCGUCACCCAGCUCUCCCCGAGAUCUCCUGGUGUCUGAUGUACAAGGACCUCCACAGGCCUCGUUUUCACCUCCCACGAGCCCUGGAGGAACCCCGAACCACGUUUCUCAAACCUCACCCCUCCCAGCGUUUGACCGCUCACUGAAGCCUAGUGUUCCAGUCAGUGCAGGACACAGUGCGCUGGUAAACGGCUUGCGGCAGCUCUUUGUGCCGGCCGAGCUGUGCCAAAGGUUUUUAAAGCUAGCAGAUGCCAACACAGCACGGGCCGUGGAGACCUGUGGGAUUCUCUGUGGCAAGCUGAUGAAGAACGCCUUCACAGUGACACACGUGAUCGUACCCAAGCAGAGUGGAGGACCAGAUUACUGUGACACUGAGAACGAGGAGGAACUGUUCCUAAUCCAGGAUCAGAAUGAUCUCAUUACACUGGGCUGGAUUCAUACCCACCCGACCCAGACGGCCUUUUUAUCCAGUGUGGACCUGCACACACAUUGCUCUUAUCAAAUCAUGCUUCCAGAGUCUAUAGCCAUUGUGUGCUCACCUAAAUUUAAUGAGACUGGCUACUUUCGGUUGACAGACUACGGGAUGGACGAGAUCUGUUCCUGCAAACAAAGAGGAUUCCACCCGCAUCCAAAGGAGCCGCCCCUCUUCUCUGCUAGUCAGCACGUCACCAUCACAGACGGAAGUGUGACCGUGAUGGAUUUGCGGUGAUUUCAUCGCUUCUGCUUCAAAAUACGUGCCUUUGCGCUUGACCUCACAACGGCUUGCCAAGAAGCUCCUAAUGGGCCAAGAAGGUCCCGUGCUGAGCAUUUCUACAAAACAAAGACACUGGGCCUCCAUUAUCACAUCUUAGCAGUCUAUAUUUAUUAGUUAAUUCUGUUAUAUCCAAAUGUGACCAAUAAGAGCUUAAAGUUGAGAUGUGUAGUUUCCAGCACUAGCAGCAUCAAAUAAAUUUGCAAAAAGUUGUGACCUCAAGAAAGUGUAAUGGAAAAAUAGAAAUGCAUGGCUUCUGUGAGCUUCCAUUUGUUUAAAACUAGUUAAUUCUAUUUGAUGCUGCAGAAAUUACACACUUCACUUUUAAACACCUGUGAAUAUUUCAGUGUCCACUGCAAAAAAUGAUUUUCCAAUAUAAGUAUCUAAAAAUUUAUUUGAGAAACAAAAUAAUCUAAGUCUCAUUUUCUGAAAUAAAUUAUCAGAAUUAAGUGAGUUUUUGCUUAAAACCUAAAAAAUGCCAAUUUUAUACCUAAUUGACUUCUUUUUUUUUUUUUUAUUGCUUUAAGCAUAAAUUCACUUGAUUGUGAUACAUUUUUCAUCUUAAAUAAUUUUCGUUCUCAAGCAAAUAUGUCUUGAUUUAAGAACAUUUAGAUAUUCGUGAUGGUAAAACAAGUCAAAAACGCUAAGUAAGAAAAUAAUUUUUUUGCAGUGUUGUCUUUGCCAUUCCAUAUUUUGGCCUUUUAAAGACUGAAGGCUUAAUGAUAUGGUUCAUGUGCAGGAUCACAUAAGCCAUCCACUUAAUAGCACACUGCUGUUACAUUGUAUUUAAAUGUGCAGUUGUUUUUAGCUCUGCCUCUGGUCAUACUGGAAAUGUUUCAGAUCUUUAUGUUAAUUAAAAGAUCCUUGUACGCCAUUGCAACCAGUUUCAGACAGACUGGCUUCUGUAUUCAGCGUAACACAUAACAGUGAAACAGCUUGCUUUCUUUACGUCUGACUAUGAUUUUGUUAAUCUCUUACAAAAAUAGCUACUUUAAUAUGUAUCUGUUAUCAUGAAGGCAAAUGAUUAUUGGGAGCAAAGGCAAAUUUUCACUUUCAUGUUCUUUCAGCCAAACAUUUCUCUGUUGCUUUCCAUAACAUUAAAUGUGUUGUUAGUCUUAAUGCAUAUUUUGUAUAUAAUUUUCAUUUUUGGGGACUCUGAAGCUUUGCAUUAUAGUUAAAUGCAAACAUAUCUUCACUUGAAUAUUAUCUGCUAAGGCAAGACACUACAGGGAAAACCAUUGUUUUGCUCAAUUUUGGGCUAUUUUGUUUCCAUAACGUUUUCUUUCAGAGUACCGGAAAGAAAAUAUCCAAAAUUUAAGGGUUUAUUAUUUUCUGUUAUGGACAUUUAUGCAUAUGUAGGCAUAUUUAAUUGUGUAUAAUGUAUCAUUUGCAUAUUUAGACAUUACAUUUCAGAAGUUUGUAAUACAAAAUAAUUGUCUUAAACUACUGUAAUUAAUCAACUAGGGAAGUAUGGUGAUAUCUGUUAGUUUAAAUGUGUGAAAAUUAGUUCACCUGUGGUGUCUUGUCUAAGUUAUAUUAAAGGCUUUGAAACGUAGCAUUCCUCCUUUUAUUGCACUUAUGGACUGAAAUAAACGAUAUGUUUAUUGCUUACCACG